AUGGGUAUCAUAACAUCGACGUUUCGGAAAACGGAGAAUUCAGAGACGUCCGGUUGUAGUUCUUGGGAAAGUGUAGGGUCAGAGUAUUUAGCGUUCAUGGAAAAAGGUGGAUGCAUAGAACCAUUUUUGGAUUAUGUUGAUUGCAAGGGAGAGGCUGAGAAGAAGAAUGAAGAUGCCUUUACUAAGUGUAAGAAAGCUAAAGAGAGAUUGAACAAGUGUGUUGGUGCUCACCGUGAAUAUCAUCAACCGAUUUUGAAGAUCAUGAUACCUGCUGUAGAGCUGGUGGUGAACAAGAUCGAAGCCUUAUUCCCACCUGAGAAACUUGUAGAUACUGUUUCAACAGAAUCCGUGGACCAACCAAAGGAAGGUGACGAUCCGGUUUACGUGUUCAUGAAUGGAGGAGCUUGCACAGAAUCAUACAUGGCUUUGGAAGAUUGCAUCGUGAAAAGUACUGAGACCAAUGAAGAUAUCUGUAAGUGUACCAAAGCCUUCACAAUGCUGAUGAAGUGUAUGGAUACUCACUCUGAUUACUAUCAGCCCAUUCUCGAUGCUGUUUAUGAUGGUGAAGACCUCUACCGGACCCUUCUCAUGAGCGCACUGAGGGGUGACUGUAAGAGGAUUUAA